GACGACGAAGACGAGGAGGAGGAGGACGCCGACUGCUACGACGACGACGAUUCUGGGAAUGAGGAGUCGUGACGCGCUCUUCAGCGCCCCGUACUGCCCUGCCGUCUCAGGCCAAAGGGAGGGGAGCGAGUGGGGACCUAGCACGGCCCCUCAGCAAAAACCUAUUCACCAGGGGGUGGGGAAACACACACAGCUCCUGCCGACUCCCCUUACGGAUCUCAGUUUGCUCCUUGUUGUGGACCUUGAAUGGAGAGAAAGUAACCCUCCACAGAAUGUCUGAAUUCUCGCGUUCUUUACCCUGCCAUCACUGUAUUGAUUCUUUUUUAAAAAAAAACCCAAACUCCAGCCUCACUUCGUCUUUACAAAAUGUUCACAGCAAAACGUUUGGUCUGUUUUUAGAUUCCUGAAGAAUUAAAUAGUCUUUUUGAGACAUUUAAUGUGUUUUCAAGCUGGGAACCCAUCGGGAGUUCACAAGUGCUGCACAUCCUGGGUAGCAGAAGGAAAUGGAAACAGAAUAACCCACCAACUUUACGCAGAACACACACACAGAUUUGCCAAGGGGUAGCUGCUCAUUUACGUUAGCGUGCGCACAUCCGCUCGGCCCUGGGUGGUGAACUUGCUUGAUUCCGUGGGCAUCAGGGACUGACUUCUUGCUAAGCCUGACGUAAUGUGCUCUUUCAGCCUCCACAAACUUGAACAUGGAGGUUCUAGCUACGCUGAGGAGAGAAAUCAGAUUUUGAUUUUUGGUUUUAUUUUUUUUAACUGAUUGGGAUCUAAACUCUGAAAUAAAAUAUUCAUACUUUCCAUAGAACGGAGCACUUGGUUGCUAUUUAUUUUAAAGGCAAGUUUUUUCCUCCCACCAGGCAGUGAGGCAAAUGGGGAGGAAGCAGAAAUUAGUGUGUGGAUUUUUAGUGGUGAGAACAAGGGGUUAAAAAACACCAACUCUGGUUGCUGCUCCUGAGGGAAAAAGUCAGAACUGCUGGUGGCCAGUGUUGGAGAGGAAACAGCUGUUGUAUUUAGCACGGCCCUCCCCUCAAAGAUACCCCCGUAACAUGGUUUGGUUUUGUUUUUAAUUUAAAUAGCCACUUUUAAUUACUCAGUAUUAACCCUAGGUGCAUGUGUUAAAGAUUUUGUCAAUGAGCUGCUUAUACUGAUAGUGAUAAAUGUGGGAGUGUGAGACUUGAGUGACUGGUUCUUGCUUGCUUCACUGGAUGUGAUCUGGACUUUCUUCCUUUCAGUGUAUUUCAAGUACAAGCAGAAAUUGUACACGGCCCAUCCCAGGGCCUGUCUCUUCAGGCAGCGCCAAGGGUAUUGAUUACAGGCAGUUGCCAGGCCAGGCCAGAACUUGGGCCAUGCCCGUGCUGCAGGUUUGAUUCCCAGGUCUCCAUCAAGAUUGAGAUCUAGCAGCCUUUACCAUGCAGGGACUACAGAAUCUGAAGGUGACUUUCUUGUUAAUGGGGUGCAUAAGUUUAUAGUGUAUUUACAGUGUUCUUUGGGAAAAACCUCUGUAAUGUAAAAUCAGAUUUCAGAAGGAAAAUUCAGCAAAAGGUGACUACAGUCCUACUGCAGAUCCUUGUACACCGGUGUCAGCUUCAAAUCCUAGCUCAGAAAGAACCAAAGGGCAGAUGAGGGACGGGUAGGACGGAUCCUAGGAUGGUCAGAGUAGGUGAUGCUUACUUCCUUAGCUCCUCCUUCCUUUCUGAUCUCAGGGUUUUCAUUUGCUCUUCAAAUGCUCCCAAACUUAAGCUAUUUCCCAGCAGCCAACUCUGGCCUAUCAAGUUUGGCCUGUUAGUAAACGGGAAUAUUUAACACGUUAAGGUUCUUACGGGACACUGUUGAGCCCGGUCCCAGAGUCUCUGUGUCUUCCCCACAGGGUGGGACUGCUGUUACACCUCGACUCCAGACGGAGGAAGCAAGCUCUGUGAAGACACACUAUUACACGAUUAAGUUUUCUGAGUGUAAAGCUCUUGUAGAAUUUUGAAAUGAGCUAUCUGCUCCCCACACUUAAGUAACGCUUUCAGAUAACCUGCAAACCUUCUGGAGCCAAAGCCUUUGACAAUGCUGAUUUACCUCCCACUCCAGCGCCCCCAACACGUUUACAGCCGGUAGCUUGGUCUUACAGUCGUGGAGCCCUAAAAUGAAGCCUUUCGUUCUCUCUGCUGACGCAUCUCACCCCCUCGGGGGGCAGGCCCGGCCAGGCCAGGCACCGUGGCAUCGCGGGAGGUGCUGUGCUGCUCAGCUCUGUCCCGUCAGGCCCUGCUGGCCUCUGUUGCAUGUGGACUCAGGAAGCCAGAGCGCCAGGGGAAGGCCGUACCUCUCGAGAGAAGCCCCCGCUUCAGGCUCUUCUGUUGCAGGCUGGGUUUGCCUCUGGUGCGAGUACAGUCCGUUCCAGAAGCCUGGAAUAUUCUGAUGGCGGCAGGUAUCCCGAUAGCGUAGCCUCGCUUACGAAAGCCCCAUGCCGGUUCCAGGCCUCUGCCCCCGAGAGUACACCCUGUGGAGAAUGCUUGAGUGGGGGUUUUGGUUUUGUGCCCUCCAGCCCACCCGGGAGUGGGUGGAGGCCUCAGGUUCACGCCAGAACCUUGUGAGGAUAGUCGUGAUGAUUUGGUGUGAAGUGAACUUAAAAUCCUGCAUUUUUAGAUUCCUUGAUUCUAAUUGAAGCCUCACUGAAUUGGUCUUCAGUUCCAUGUAUUUUGAGGCUGAAGAGAAAGUCAAAUACCGUGAUUCUGUUGCUUCUGAGUCUCCCUGCCCGCAGCCCUUCUUACCAUUCCAGAGUUCUUUUCUCCUAGCCAGACUCUCGCAGCCUUUCCUGGCAAUUCCUUCUUUCCUUGCUGGUUUCCUUACGUUUGGGGCAUAUACGUAGGAGAUUCGAAGAGGAAAAUGUAUAGUUUCUGCUGGAAGUUAAUUCUCAACCCUCCCCAUUCUGACAAAAAGGUUUACAUUUACAACUAAAGAUUCAGAUGCAAUUUUCCACUAUUUUGAAACCAGCAGGACACACCUGACUUUAAUAGCUUUCUUAGCCGAAGUUGUAGAUGUUUUCUUCAGUUUAACUUAUGAGAAAAGAUUAUCUGAUGCAUUUUGUGUUGACAUCCCCUUUAGUGUUUUAUUUUGUCUUUCUCUGCCCAUCUGUCUACUAAUAAAAUGUGAAAUAAAAUAUACCUGUAUUGCUUUCCCCAUGGGAUGACCCUCUUCUUUUCUCCUUGUGUUGAAAAGUAAAAGGUGGUGUCAAUGUUUUCACUGUUACCUUAGAAAUAAUGCUCAGUAGUGGAAAAAAUUAAAACCACCCCCGAAACUGGCUAAUGUGCCUUUCUGACCUACCCCACCUGCCUCCCCAGAGAAUCACCAUCCCCGAACCACAAAAGCUUUGAAAGGAGGAUCUUGAAGGCGUGUUUGUUAACUGAAUUCCGAUACACGAGUCUCUGAAGGGUCCUCCGCUGCCUUUCUCAGACACAUGCUUUUGUCAUUCGUGUACCCAGCUUCCUGUUGGUAAUACCAGGAAUGAAGCAAGAUUUACAUUAAUAAAGCCCUAUAUUUAGUUA